GAAAUUUUGCAGACCUUCUUAUGGCUGGAGAAACGUUUCGUCUAAAUCUGACAGGCUCUGGGGCUAUGGAACGCCUACGAGCACGUAAGAAGCAGGCAAUUGCAUCUUCAAGUGUUGAGAAGGAUGUUGUCAAUGAAGUUCCUCUUCCUCCUCCUCUUCCUACUGCUGGAAAGACUCAAAAGAACAAGAAGAAGCAGACUUCUCCAACUGAUUCGUCUGACUGGUUUGCUGAGAAGAUAGAGCUUUCUUUUCCGUCAUCUGCCUCAGCACAUUCUGAGUUUGUUCCUCACCUUGAGGAGGUUAAUAAGCUACUAUGGCCUGAGGACAAAGACAGGUUUGAUCAGCUUGGAUCAAAGUCAUCGCUUUCUGCUUCCAUUUCCCACGUCUUUCAGGGUAUGCAAGGCCUUAUGUGGGCAAAUGAGAAGAUUCAAUAACUGGAAAAACAAGUGAAAACAUUGAACCGUCAGAAUGUUGAUCUGCGGUCUGAGGUCAAUGGAUUGAAGACUUGUAAAAAAGGCCUUGAGAAACUUAACGGGGAUCUUAAGACCCAAUUAGAUGCCAAGGAGCUAGAUGCUAGUCGACUACAACCUACUUUGGAUACUUUGGCCAAUGUUCGAACCAAGGUUGAUAUGUUAGAAGGUCGUUUGACUGAUAUUGCCUUAGAGGCCGAGAUCCAGUGUCGUGGUCAGAUGGCGAUUGACUUUCGUGAUGGGAAGACUGAUUCCUAGAAUGUAAGUCAGUUCAUAGCCGACUAUGAAGAACUGCAACAAAUGAGGGUUGAAGAGGCUAUUCAAGCUAACAAUCUGGCUGUCUCCUUUGGAGACAUGACUACAGGCGAUCUUGGGCAGGAAGAUUGAUUUCUGAUCCUUGCUUGAUUUAGUAUUUCUUUGUCGUAGAAGCCUUU